AUGCGCAGUCUCAACGUGUACGGUUUCCUGCUCACUUGCUCCUUCCUGCUCAUCAUAUUCACAGUUGCUCCGUUUACAAUCGGAAGUUCCGACGAGAAUCCGAGAUCGACGAGAAGCGUAUCGCAAGGAGCAAAUUGUGAGUCAUCGAGGACCAAUUGCUAAGAACCGAUAAUAAUUGCAGAUGUGAAGUACGGAGUAAUUUGUGAUGCGGGAUCGAGCGGAACUCGCAUUUUCGUGUACACAUUACGACAAAGAACGGUCGGACUGACUGACAUUGACACGAUGAUCCAUUCGGAAGAGCCCGUCGUCAAGAAGAUCUCUCCCGGCCUGAGCACGUUCGGAGAAAAACCGGAAAAAGUUAUCGGUGGGUAGAGAAAUCGGUCAUUCUCAAACAGAAUCUGCCAUUUCAGAGUACAUUUCCCCUCUGCUCAAGUUCGCCGAGGAGCACAUUCCGGCCGAUAAAAUAGCAGAAACAGAUCUUUUGAUUUUUGCAACGGCUGGAAUGAGACUGCUUCCAGAAACGUAAGUAAAAUCAAAAUAACCGGGAAAUAUCUUAAUUUCAGACAAAAAACGGCGAUUGUUGAACAUUUGAGAAACGGUUUGAAGGGAGUGACGUCACUGCGAGUGAAAGACUCGAACAUUCGGAUCAUCGACGGCGCCUGGGAGGGCAUUUACAGUUGGAUUGCAGUUAAUUACAUUUUGGGACGUUUCGAAAAGGAGAACGACGCGAAAGUGGGAAUGAUUGAUAUGGGAGGUGCGAGUGUGCAGAUCGCAUUCGAAAUGCCGAAGGAAGAAGACUUCAACAGUGAAAAUGUGUUUGAGGUAAAUAUUAACACAAACGGACAAAGAAGAAGGAUCGUACAUGAUUCAGAUAAACUUGGGACCGGUUGAAUACAACAAUGACUUCAAAUACAAAAUAUACUCGACAACAUUCCUCGGUUACGGAGCCAACGAAGGGCUCAAAAGAUACGAAAAGUCGCUGAUUGAACGGGGAGAAUCCGAAGAUUCGUGCUCACCAAGAGGACUCAGCAGGCAGAUCGGAGCCAGGGCUCUAAAUGUAAAUUCUGACGCUUCUCUAUUUCAUCCACCCAAUUCGUUCAGGGAUCCGGUCAAUGGGACACGUGUCUUGCCCAGGUUUCUUCUCUGAUCGGCGACAAAAACAAGCCAGUGUGCUCGGAAGAAAUGUGCUUCCUCCGCCACGUACCAGCUCCCUCGGUCAACCUCUCGAACGUGCAAUUGUACGGAUUCUCGGAAUAUUGGUACACGACCAACAACUUCGGCGCCGGAGGAGACUACGAUUUCGAAAAGUUCGCAGAGGAAGUGCGAAUGUUCUGCAAGAAAGAAUGGGAUGAUAUUCAAGAAGGAUUCAAAAAGAACGAGUUCCCAAACGCCGAAUUUGAAAGACUUGAGACGAACUGUUUCAAGGCUGCGUGGGUGGCAUCCGUGUUGCACGAGGGAUUCAAUGUGGACAAGAAGCAGAAUUUAUUCCAGGUGAACGACUUAAUCUACGGAAACCUUUUUUCAUUUAUUAUGUUGCAGAGUGUCCUGAAAAUAGCCGGCGAAGAGAUGCAAUGGGCUCUCGGAGCAAUGCUCUACCACGCCAGAGAUCUCAAAUUCGACCAUGAUCUUUUGGCAGAGGAAGACGUUUUCCGUUCGAGCCAGCAGGUUUCCAACACUUUCUCCCUCAUUGUCAUCCUCAUUUUCGUGUUUCUUGCCAUUUUCAUUCGACAGCUUCAGCCUGACUCCACCUACAAAAAGUACCGUUCUCUGAGAAUAGACACCAAACCGGACCUCUUUACUGUGUAA